AACUAUUUGUGGUGAAUACUUUAUUGUUGUUCAUCUUCAUUUUCUCUCAAAAUUUCGCGGGUUGCGUUUCAAACUAACUUUUACUUUGUCAGAUCAGAUCAAACUUUUUCAGAUUCAAUUCAAAAAUAUUAUCAGAUCUCAAUCUCCAAUCUCCGAAUAAGAAGGAAAUAGGAAUAAUGAUGGAGCGAGCAGAUUCAGGGCAGAAGCUCUACUCACGCAUGAGGCUAUGGGAGCUUCCCGAUCAGUAUGUUAUUGAACCAACCGAUGGAACUUCAGCUCCUUAUCUCUCUAUCAAUCGACUCGAUGCUUCUCUAAGCUUCAUUGAUGAGCUUCCUGAAUCCAGUUCUGUUCGAGCCCCAAAAAUUCAGACGAUUUACGGUGUUGUUGGCAUGGUCAAGCUCCUCACUGGCUCCUACUUGAUCGUCAUUACGGAUCGUCAAUGUGUUGGAACUUAUUUGGGUCAUACAAUCUUUAAGGUUUUGUCUUUGAAGGUUUUUCCUUGUGAUCAUUCUCUUCAAAAUUCUGAUGCCCAACAUAAGAAGAUGGAAGCUGAGUUUUCUGCUCUCCUCAAUAUUGUUGAAAAGACUUCUGGUUUGUUUUUCUCUUAUGAAACGAAUCUAACUCUCAGUGUACAGAAAUUGCAUGAUUUGGGAGGUGAAUCUAAGUUGCUUCCUCUUUGGAGACAGGCAGAACCUAGGUUUUUGUGGAACAAUUAUAUGUUGGAAGUACUCAUAGAUAACAAGCUUGAUCCCUUCUUGCUUCCUGUUAUCCAAGGGAGCUUCCAACACUUUCAAGCAGCAAUAGGGAAGGAUGUAAUUGAUGUCACUCUGAUUUCUAGGAGAUGCACGAGGAGAAAUGGCACUCGUAUGUGGAGAAGAGGAGCUGAUCCAGAUGGUUACGUGGCAAAUUUUGUAGAAACUGAGCAAAUUGUGCAGUUGAAUGGGUAUACAGCCUCAUUUGUGCAGGUUCGGGGUUCAAUUCCAUUGCUUUGGGAGCAAGUAGUGGAUUUGACAUACAAGCCCAAAUUUGAGCUUGUUAAAGUAGAGGAUGCUCCCAAAAUAGCAGAGCGACAUUUUUUGGACUUAAGGAAGAAAUAUGGGGCCGUUUUAGCUGUUGAUCUUGUCAACAAGCACGGAGGUGAGGGACGCUUGUGCGAAAAGUUUGCAGCUGCCAUGCAACCUAUCAGUAGUGAUGACGUGAGAUAUUUGCAUUUCGAUUUUCAUAAAAUUUGCGGGCAUGUUCAUUUUGAGCGCUUGUCUAUUCUCUACGAACAAAUUUCUGAUUUUCUCGACAGAAAUGGGUAUUUCUUGUUGAAUGAAAAGGCUGAUAAAAUGAAGGAACAGCUUGGAGUUGUUAGAAGCAAUUGUAUAGAUUGCUUAGACCGUACAAAUGUUACACAGAGCAUGAUAGGUCGAAAGAUGUUGGAAUGCCAACUUAGGAGGCUUGGUAUUUUCGGUGCUGACGAGACUAUUAGCUCCCAUUCAAACUUUGAUGAAAGCUUUAAGAUCAUGUGGGCUAACCAUGGGGAUGACAUAAGCAUUCAAUACUCCGGUACUCCUGCUUUGAAAGGAGAUUUUGUCAGAUAUGGCCAGAGAACAGUUCAUGGAAUUCUCAAGGAUGGAUGGAAUUCCCUUGCACGCUACUAUCUAAACAACUUUCAGGAUGGAGCAAAGCAGGAUGCAAUUGAUCUUCUGCAAGGACAUUACAUUGUUUCGGUCAGCCGAGACAUAAGUCCCUCGCCUCAAAAAGGAGGCCUAGAGGCUGUAGCCUCAUUUCCACUGGCUUUCGCAUUCGUUUUGGUUGGCUUCCUGUUUGCGACCAUGUCACUUAGACAAGUUCGGUACGACCUUCGACACUUAUUCUUUUCAAUAAUGUGGGCAAGCCUCAGCGUGGCCUUAGCAGCAUUUGUGAGGGCCAACGGGCGGAUUUUCUGCAACCGCCCUCGUCUACACAGGCCACGCCAUUAAAUUCAGUUUCAAUUUUCCAAUGCCAAGCUUUUCUGUGAUUGUUACUCGUUAAUGUUAUUUCAGUUCAUUUUCAUAAUUUAUAGUCCACGGAAGAGACUCGCUCAUUGCCAGAGUUGAUUUUUGCAGUACCCUCUAAUGUUAACAUUAACAUUCUUUUUUGUAUAAAUUGAUUUUGUUGUGACCUUUUCAUACUAUCUAUAAUUAGUCAAGUUUUUACAAUUUUAUGUCAAUCUGUAGUCUCAAUAAAUAUAUAUAAAAUGCAUUAAAGCAUAAAGUGUGGACUUUUAUUAAACAACAAAAGGUAAAGAUUUUCCUUCUAAGCAGCUUGAAGAAGCUGAGUGGCAUAUGGAGGCCAGUACAGGUGAAAUUCAAUCUUGUAAGUGACAGUGAUGCCUUUGAGAUUGACCGGUGAGGAUCUUACGUAGCCUUGGACGAAGGUGAAGUCCCCUGUACCGCCAACCACAGGAUGAUCCGAAGGCUUAAUAUUGUGUGUGCCACCAACAACCGAAAUCGAACCCCUGUGGUUCUUCAGAUUCAAGGUGAUCUUGGCAAUGGAAAUGCUUCGAAGCCCAUCUAAGCCGGAUGUGAUGGAGGUUCCUUCUGCGAUUCCCAGUACUUUUGAAGACGUGCUGGGCGUCACGGUCAUGGGAUCCUGGAAAGCAAAUAGGGUGCCAAAUGGUGUUGUUGUCUGACUAGUAUCAGGUCCAGCCACCCCAUUCACUAUGAUGUACCCUGUUUUGUUUAUGGUUUCGUGUUGGAAGAGAGCAAAGUGAAGGGACUUGAUAUGGCUAUGGUGGUGGUGGUGGUGAGAGGUGGAGAUGAUUUCGAUAGGGAAAAGAGCUAACAUCAGAGGUAGAAGAAGUAAGUAUUUUGGGAGAGGAGAAGCCAUUUUUAAUGUCUC